AUGGAGCACACGUGUGUGUCGGCGCUAUGUCAUCUCUCAGAGACGUUUGUGCUUCGAUGGGUCAACAUCCGCAGGAAGAUAGCAUGUUUGCAAAGUGCAGUGGGGCCAGUGAGAUGGAAGACGUCCUGCAGCCCAGCACCCUUUUUGACAGCCAUGCCUACCCGUGCUCUCAUAGAUGAGCCAAUCACCCUAGAGGGGCAUCACCUUCCCCCUCACUCACCCAUCACGGUGCGCGCCUAUAUGCACAACGAGGACGGUGACCUAUGGGAGGCGCUCUCUCACUACAACACAGACUGGAGGGGUGUCGUCAACAUGACCACAGAUGUGUCUGUAGGGGGUUCCUAUGUGGGCUGUGAGCCCAUGGGAUUGUUUUGGGCCCUGCAGCCUGCACCUGGAGAGAGAGAGGGUCUGAGGCUGCGGAAGAGAAACGUUGAGACUCCGUACUCAGUACAGUUGUCCUUAUUAGAGGGUCACAUUCCGGUUCUACCCAGUGAGGGUUCCAACAAGGAGCAGCUGCAGAGAGGGGAACAGGAGCUGGCUGCAGUGACUGUUGAACGCUGGUACAUGGCACCAGGUGUCCGGAGAAUAGAGAUUAGGCAGAACGGAGUAGUGGGGACCUUGUUCUUACCCCCAGGUAAGAACACUGCAUUCCAGUUUCUCCAGGACCACCCCCAGGUGUGUGGGGACAGGCUGGGGGUCAUUGGCCUCUCGUUCGGAGCCUACCUGGCUCUGCGAAUCGCCACUCAGAUUGGUGUCAAUCCCAGGUGUGUGAUCGGAGUCAAUGGUCCAAUAGGAAGUAUCAACAAACUAUCAGACAGCGACGGCAAGACCGAAAGCUUUGAUGGGGAUCAGAAACACUGGAGUUACGAUGAACAGGGCUACGUCAGCUUCAGAGAAGUGUCCACACCCAACAACAUUCCACCUGAGAACAAAGCAAAGGUUGAAAACCUGUGUUGCCCCCUACUGUACAUUGUGAGUGAAGAUGACUUGAGCUGUGCAGCUAUUGAGAACGCAGAUGAGAUUGAGAAGAUGCUGGUAGAUCCCACCUGUUCACCCGCCUGUCAUACCUGGGUGCUGGCCACCUGAUUGAGCCGCCCUACACCCCCAACGCUCGAGCCUCCAUGUGGACCACCCAACCAAAGAAACUGAUCACUCUCUGGGGAGGGCACCUGGCACCCCAUGCUGCCGCCCAAGAAGAUGCCUGGAAGAGGACCCUGGAAUUUAUGGAACACCAUCUAAGAGGGUGAAGGGAGAGGAAUAGUGACCACUUUGUGAUAGAAUGGUACAUUUCAUGUCUCCACAAUGCAUGACCCAAAACUCAAAAUCAACUGUCCAAAAUCAGGUGGACUGUGUUCUUGUGAAUGUACUGUAAUUUCACAACACAUAUUGUUAUGUAGGCAUCUAUGUAUUGUCAUUGAUUUGUAAAAUGUUUAUGUAUACAAAUA